AUGCAAAACCCACCACCACCACACCAUGAUCAAGGACCAAGAAAACCACAAUACACACUCGCUCUUGUUGGUCCCGAUCGUUGUGGAAAGACCUCUCUAAUGCGAAGGUUAUUAUUCGGAAGCUAUGAAAUUCCAACCAAUCAAGUCUCAGAAAUGAAUUGGGAACAAUUUCAAACUCAUUUACAAGACACCAAUGGUCUCUAUAUACCAAUAUUGGCAUUGAGAGAUUAUGUUCCAAUGAAAGAACGUCAAACUUUGAUCCCUUUUAUCGCUUUCCAACUUUUACGAAUGAUUAUUGGAAUGAACAUUUAA